UUAGAAUUUAGACGCCCCAAAUCCAUCGCGGUAUUCCUCAAAACCGGAAUUCCAUAAUUCGAACUAAUAAUUACCGACCUUCUAAACACAGCUGCGCUACAAUGGCCGAUCGAGUCCAAAUUGAGGGCUCCCUCCUCAUCAAGCUCGCACAGCUGGUCGGGAUUGCCGGUGGUGCUCUCGUAACAGCAAUCAGCGGGGGUGCCUCGUUUAUGCUCGUCCCUGCAUUGAAAGCCGGUCCCGCUUCCGUGCUGGUUAGGCAGUGGCGAGUCGCAUAUGGAAUCGGCGCGCGAUCCGCACCGCCUAUUUCCAUCGUGACAUCCCUUGCUUGGGCGUAUCUCGCCUCGAAAGCGCGUCACCAUCCCGCGACCCCCUCGGGGCCCUUCACGUUCUACACCCUCGCCGCGGUGCUCGGCCCGGCCAUCGUGCCGUACACACUGGUGGUGAUGAAGUCCACGAACGGGCGGCUGAGCGAGCUGGCCGCGGCGGCGGACAAGGCGAGCGAGAAGGUCCAGGAAAAGGAGGCUACGCAGUUGAUCGAGAAGUGGAAGUGGUUGAAUGCGGUGAGAGGCGUGUCGGUCUUUUCCGCCCUGAUGUGCGGUGCCUAUGCGAUUGUGACAUGGCCCGAGAUCGCGAUUUGGGCGGCGUAGGAAUAGGCUAGGGAUAGCUAUUGGCGUUCACGUUCAUAUGCGAAUAAUUCAUAUCCCGAGUAUCCACCGCCAAGUCCGCCAUUAGAUAUGUCUGUUGGUGCGGUUUAAUUGCCUAUUGACAAUGAUGGGUAUGUUCCUCGUCCAUGCUACCAUGCUGGAUGCUAUAUGUCCAAUAUUAUCCACAGGCAAUGAACAUGUACCAGUACGGAAUACUCUGGAAUUACACGUAUCGUGUAUUGCGUAUUUAUCCUUCGUGCGAAUAUAUACUCUCGUCCAGUCUGGUUCUAUUGAAGAUGUUCAG